CGCCAGGCCCAGAUACCGGCUGGAACGCAAUCAGCUCCUACAGUUUGCUGAGUCGCCAGACGCAUCAGAAAAAAAACUGUCACGUUGGCCUGCUUAGCACUUCCAUCUCAAUGCGGCGCACAGCAUUCUAACGCAGACAACCGAUUUACUUGCGUUAUUGAGAAGCAACUGAGACGACUGACAAUUCAAUCAACUCAUUUCCGGUGCCCCCACCACCGAAACUCUCCUCCUCUACCAUCCUCACAACACCCUGUCCUCCUUCCUCUAAAGCGCUCCGCCUACCGCCAUGUACCACGGAGGGGUGCACAACGGGGCCAGUUACGGUCUCGAGGGCGGCGCCGGCGGCGGCUACUUCUCCGGCGCCAUGUGCAUGCCGCCAGCGCACCAGAUCUUCGGCCUGUCGCAGAUGGCCGCACAGAGCGCCCAGAUGUCCAGCCAGGCUGUCAACGGCGCCACAUCGGCCACCACAGGGUGGCAGGGGGUCACGGCGCAAAACGGCGCCGACAACGCCCAGCUGGCGAUGAACUUUGGAGGUUUUAAAUUCGCCGGUGGCCGGGAGAUGGCACAGCCGUCGAUGGCGCAGGGUUUUGGCGGCUACAGCUACCCCGCCGGCAAUAUGACGCCCUGGGGCUGCAACAACAUGGCCGGCCUGUCCAGCCUGCAGCGCGGUGCCUAUGAGUUUCGCGAGUGCGUGCAGUGCGGCACGGUGACCCAGUCGUGCUACCCGGACGGCACCGGACACUUCCUCUGUGGCACCUGCUUCUGCAGCCCCAAGUGGAAGGGCAUCACUCCUUCCCGACUCUACAGCGCCAGGAGAGGGUCCCCGUUCGCUCGCCGGUUCCACUCCAUGUGUACCAACUGUGGCACCACGCAGACCACACUCUGGAGGAGGAACGCAGACGGCGAGCCUGUUUGUAACGCCUGUGGGCUCUACUUCAAGCUGCACGGCAUCCGACGGCCCCUAUCUAUGAGGAAGGACGGCAUUCAGACGCGAAAACGCAAACCAAAGGACAAGAAGAAAGAAUCGGGCAAGGAUAAAAAGGACGAGUCAACAACGGAAUCGUCUAAGAAAUCGACGCAAAGCACCUCCCUCAAGGAGGAGGGUCAGCCUCAAUCCUCCUCCUCCGACGGACGCCACCGCUCGGCUGCAGCAACGACCACCGCCAGCGCCACCUCCGACUACCGAGCGCAGACCGUGCUGCCACCUACCGCCGCUUCCCAGGGCAGCGGCGGCGUCAGCACGGGAGUCGACAUGGCCCAAGCAUUCCCUCUUGCCAGCAGGGCGGCCGGCCUCGGGUUCGGAACGGCGCUGCGAAAUUUGGUGGAUACAGACGUUAGGAAUGUUUCUUGAGUUUUGGUGCGAGUGGGGAGGUAUGUAAGUUUUGAGAUGACCAGAGACUUGGAUUUUUGUGUUCCGUUCCGAUUGGCCACUUUAGUUUGGCAGACAUUUUGGAGAUUUGCCAGUGUGUUUUACCGUAAGCGCGUAUUGUGCAGUGUUUAUGUCUUCCAGGGACGUGAUAUUAUUUGAUCUGAAUGGAUGUAUGCAAUAGGUAUUCUAACAAAUCGGUAGUUUUUCAGCAUAACUAGUUGCUAGUGCAGUCAAGACUUUUCAGCAGUGCGGAUAUUCGCUGAUAGUUUGUGCAAUGCUAUUUUUGGUAGGUACCUACUGACGUUGUUGAUGCAUGAAGUAUUUGUCUUCCAUGACACAUCAUCUUGUUUGAACAUAGCUGCUUUCUGCAUUGGAUUUGUACCUACACGAAUAAAAUCC